AUGGCUAAAACGGAUGGCGCCACCAAGGAGAAUACUAAACCAUCUUUCACAGCUGAGUCUGGACAGGACAUCACUCUGACAUGUCGAGCUCCAAACAACAACAUCACAGCUGUAAAGUGGAGCAGAGCUGACCUGGGAGAUGAAAAAGUGCUUUUCUACCAGGAUGGUCACUUCGAUCCAGAUCACCAGCAUCCAUCUUUUAAGAACCGGGUGAAUCUGCAGGACAGACCGAUGAAGGAUGGAGACGUGUCUUUGAUUCUGAAGGAUGUGAUGAUUAAUGACGCUGGAACAUACGAGUGUCAUUUAUUUAUGCAUGAAACUCGCUCAUGGAUACACAGCAUCAUCAAACUGAGAGUUCUUCCUCCUCCAGGGAGAGGCCAGCCAGCCCUCGGAGAAAGCUCUUAUACGCCACUUGUAUCCAAGAUGUCGUUCUUUCGGUCACUUCCCAGAGCUCGCUGCAGCCACAGCCCCGAGCCGUCUCGUGAACCACGUGGGUCUCUGCUCCCUGAUCUGUUUCCUGUCUUUGGAAAGACUUCCAGCUUCAUCACGGAGUUUCUGUGGGCUCAUCUAAAGGACCAACAUGGAGCAAGAAGUCAGGGCUCUCAGGAGGCCGACAAACCUCACAGAAGGAAGGGAGAGAAAACCUUCAGCUGUGAUGAGUGUGGGAAGGAUUUUACUCGGAAUGACAGCCUAAAAGCUCACCAAGUCAUCCACAGUGGAGUUAAACCUUACAACUGUGACUUGUGUGGAAAGUCUUUUACCCUGGCUCAAAGCCUAAAAACACACCAACUCAUCCACAGUGGAGUUAAAGCGUACAGUUGUGACUUGUGUGGGAAGGAUUUUACCCAAGCUGGAAACUUAAAAACUCACCAACUCAUCCACAGUGGAGUUAAAGCGUACAGUUGUGACUUGUGUGGGAAGGAUUUUACCCAGGCUGGACACUUAAAAACACACCAACUCAUCCACAGUGGAGUUAAAGCGUACAGUUGUGACUUGUGUGGAAAGUCUUUCACCCUGGCUCAAAACCUAAAAACACACCAACUCAUCCACAGUGGAGUUAAACCUUACAACUGUGACCUGUGUGGAAAGUCUUUUACCCAGGCUGGAGACUUAAAAAGACACCAACUCAUCCACAGUGGAGUUAAAGCGUACAACUGUGACUUGUGUGGGAAGGAUUUUACCCAGGCUGGAAACUUAAAAACACACCAACUCAUCCACAGUGGAUUUAAACCUUACAGCUGUGACUUGUGUGGAAAGUCUUUUACCCAGGCUGGAGACUUAAAAGCACACCAACUCAUCCACAGUGGAUUUAAACCUUACAGCUGUGACUUGUGUGGAAAGUCUUUUACCCUGGCUCAAACUUUAAAAACACACCAACUCAUCCACAAUGGAUUUAAAGCCUACAACUGUGACUUGUGUGGAAAGUCUUUUACCCUGGCUCAAAGCCUAAAAAAACACCAAGUCAUCCACAGUGGAGUUAAAGCGUACAGCUGUGACCUGUGUGGAAAGUCUUUUACCCAGACUGGACACUUAAAAACUCACCAACUCAUCCACAGUGGAGUUAAAGCGUACAGUUGUGACUUGUGUGGAAAGUCUUUUACCCAGGCUGGAAACUUAAAAGCACACCAACUCAUUCACAGUGGAGUUCAACCUUACAGCUGUGACUUGUGUGGAAAGUCUUUUACCCUGGCUGGACACUUAAAAACUCACCAACUCAUCCACAGUGGAGUUAAAGCUGGAGAUAAAGCCUAAGACCCGAACUCUUCCACGGCAUGCAUUUUUAAUUUCUCUUUGAUAUUUGGGCAUAUUGGGGCCCGAUGAAUGUAAAAACAAAGAUUUACCAGAUUUUUUUUACCUUAUUUUUGUUUUUAUGAAAAAUCAAAGCCACAUAUGAGGAUAUUCGUUUAAAAUUUUGAUAGAACAGUAGCAGUAUAAUGUCCUCAUAAGUGGAUAUAAGGCACUUGUAGAGCAAAAUUGAUUAUUUUGGUCUAAAUAACCCAAAAUGUGAUGUCCACAUAUGUGGACGCCAGGUCCUAGGAGGUUAAAGCACACAGCUGUGAGUUGUGUGGUAAGGCUUUUGCUCAAAAUAGCGACUUACAGAGGCAUCUAGUUACCCAGUCUGGAAUUAAGGCCUACAGCUGCGACUUUUGUGGAAAAAGUUUCAGCGACAAACAGUACCGUAAUAUUCACCAACAGAUCCACACUGGAAAUGAUGUUUCCUGCUGUGAUCAGUGUGGGAUACUGUUUACAACAGAUGCACAGUUACAACAACACAUGUUUAACCACACUGAGGAGAGACCUUAUAAAUGUGACAUGUGUGAGAAGACUUUUAAAGCUCCAAAUCAGCUGAAUGAACACCAACAGAGCAACACAAGAAAGUAACUCUACAAGUGCAGUUACUGUGAGGAUGUAUUUAUUUUUAUCUUGUAAUUUUAACCUGAUAGUUUGGAACAAGUCUGAUCAGUAAACUUAUGGAGUUAUACUGAAUGAACUGUUUGGAAAAAUGAAGAAUCAUUUUCACUCACUAAGCUGAGUGUUAUAAUGUAAACAGUAAAAUGUAAUUGGACGUUGGCAGAGAUGCUUUUUAUUUCAGGCGACGUUCAGGAUAAAAAUGUUGAAGGAAUUCCCUGACUCACACUGUCUUUGUUUAGAAGUGGAGCAAAGCACAUGGAUCCAGUUCUCAACCCUGUCGUCACUGUGGUGGUUUGAAAGAGUUUCUCUGUGACCUUUGUGGAAAAACUUCCAAUCAUCAACGGGACCAAAAAACCUCAUCAACGUAGACACACUGGAGACAAAAUGAACGACUGCAAAGAAUGUGGGAGAGGCUUCCACACACCAAGUACAUUAAAAUACAUGAACACUUCCACAGUGGAGUCAAAAAGCACAUCUGUGACCAGUGUGGGUCAUCCUUCACCACUGGACAUGAGCUCAAUGAAAAAGCAUAAGCAAAUCCACACAGUAGAGACACCAUACAAGUGCAGACACUGUGACAAAAGCUUCUCACAAUCAGGUCAUCAUAACAAACAUGAACGUACACACAUGGAAGUGAACUUCAGCUGUGACCAGUGUGAUAAGAGCUUCAGGAAUCUCAGUUCAUAUUCCGAACACAAACGAUUCCACGCUGUAAAUAAACUGUUUCACUGUUACCAAUGUGCAAAAACAUUCACUUCAUUAUCUGCUCUGUGCAAACAUCAGCCUGAUCAUGCAGGACUGAAAUCACUGAAUCACAAUGAAUCUGAAGAGAGAGAAAGAUCCUCUUCUGGUUUCAGGGUCGGACUUAAAAACCUUGAGAUCAGGCUCCACAGAGUUCAGAUGGAAUCUCCUGUAAAGAGUGUCAGCUGAUGUCACACUUGGAUCUGAUGAGGUAGCUCUGAUUUCUGGAGCUGCAGUGAAUAAUCCUGAAUGUUACAUUUAGGAAGCUGCAUGUAUAGAUAUGCAUAUCAAGUUUAUUUUCUUUUUCCUUUGAGGGAUUUUAAUUCUCUAAAAUGUUAUCCCUGUUACAUUUUGAUCUUUGUUCCCUUAGGACACAGUAGUGUUUAGUAGUUGUAUUCAUUUUAUGUGUUACCUAAGUUAAAUUUCAAUCCUUCAUUCAUAUUUAAUCUUUUGCUGUUGGUAAUCCCUUCUCUUAAAUCAUUUUCUCCCAAAACUGCAAAUGUUUUCCAAAAUGAACUAAAUCUGUCCACCAGCUUUGAAACAACACCUGCUGUGACUUUAUGUCCAGAAAAAAGAAACUCAAGCUAAACUGGUUUUGGGCUAACUUUCCAUAUAAUACCAGUUUGUACCAGAAGAUGAAGCAGUGAGUCAGUGUAACCUUUAUUUAAUUGGGCAAAGAACACAUUCGUAUUCACAGUGGCAGCAAAGAAAUGUUAAAAGGUCAAAACAGCAGCACACAUCAGGACCAUUUUAAAGAUCACUGGUGACUACUUUUACUUAAUUCAAAUUCCUUCAAAUUUUGGCUCCUCCUUUCACUUUAGUGUAUUUACUGUAUCCUUGAAGUCCACGUGUUGUUUUUUAAUGAAUUCAUUUUGAUCCACAUGUUCUGCAGCUGUUUUCCUGUUGAUUUGAAGUUUGUAUUAUGAAAUCCUGAUAAUGUUAAAGUGUUAGUUAUAUUUGAUGAACUCUGUGUAACGUUUGUCUUAUUAAACACUUUGGUGUGAAAAAUGAAGAAUUGGUCUCAGAACAAGUAGUUUGAGCCAUGAUUUCAGAAUCAAACUAAUUUAACUGUUUUCAGUGGUGCAUGUGGAGGUUUAUCAGAGGAGGAGACUUGGCUGCAUAUGCUGUUUCCUACCUGGAUGAUGUUGUUAUUCAUAGUGAUACCUCGGUGGAGAAUGUGCAGUGGUUGGUCACAGUCCCGGUUUCCCUGAGGCAGGCAGGGCUGAUGGCAAACCCGAAGAAGUGUGUGGUUGGAUGGAGGGAGGUACAGAGUUUUUUGGUACAAUUUUGAGACCCCAUUUGAAGGCUGAUUACACCACAGCGACGUGAUGAAGGCUGUCCCAAUUCCAAAUGCGCCCUUCAUUUCCCCGGACUUGAAGGAUGAGUCGGGUGUAUCAUUCGUGGCCCAACAUAUCCCAGAAUUCAUAGUGCAGCUUUGACUGUGGCAUUUUUUUUUUUUGUUGAAAAAACAAAGCGUGGUGGCCGAAGAGUAAACUUUUAAAAGUAUUGAAUUUUUCAACCUCAUCAGUUAACGCUGUCCAUGCAGAUAUUAUAGAUUUGUAAAUGAUUACCUAACAAUCUUGUCAACACAAAGUUCUUUAUUGAGAGGCAGUGGGGAGAGGGGACACUUGGGCAGUGCAUUUACUGCAUAUAAUGUAUUAUCAACCUUUUCAUCUUUUCUCAUUACCCACAGCUACAUCCACUUCUGUUGGGCUUAGGCUACUCACUAGGGCUGGGUAUCGUCACUGAUUUCUAUAAUCGAUUUGAUUAAAUUCAAUUUUGACUCAGUAACUGUGUCAAAGUAACUGAGGAUAAAACACAGAAAAACAGCAAGCUAAGCGUUUUUCAAUUCGGCAUAAUUAGAAAACAAAUGUAUUAAACAGCAAAAAUGAAGCUUUCUUUUGGUCGGAGAGGAACAAAAGCUGCAGCUCAGAAUCAGUGAGAUGUUGACUUUCUGCCCCGACGGCGUGUCCGUGUUUGUGCUGUCGGGUGAGAAAGACGACAUCUCACUGAUGCAUCGGGUCCGCGCUUUGUGUUCACGUCUUUGUGUGGAAUCUGUUCACUUUCUCUCAUUUAUUGUUUUAGCUGUUUGUUAUUAUGUUUUGUUUGUUUGUAUUAUAGUUUCUCAACAGUACUUGUUUCUUUUAAUUUGUUUACUGGUUUGCAUGCACUUUUUAUUUUUAUUGAUUUCUCUAAAAAAUAAAUUUGAAAAGAAUUCAUAACUGUAAACCACCAUGGCAGACCCAAUGUCAUUUUCAUGCUUCGCAGCAUCAUUCAUUCUUACAAGUCAUCCGGCUUGUAAGAAUAAAGGCUUUGCACCCCUGAUGAUCCACCAGGACAAACUCAGCAGUGUGUGAGGAAGAGGAGGAGGAAAAGCCAGCAGCAGCUGACAGAUGGAGAGAAUAGACAGACUGUUUCCUGUUUGUGAAGGACUGCUAGAAAUGUUUAACAUAACUAAUUGUCUGUCCUGAAUCAGUCUUAUUAGGUAAUGUUCAAAUAAUGUUAUCAUUCCAGUGUUUUCAGUGUGGGAGAAAGUACUCAGGGCCUUCAAGUUACACACUAUGAAAGGCAGCAACAAGUUUAAUAUUCAGAAACCUAAAGUAUGUAUCAGCAGCAGAAUGGACCUAAAA